GAAGGAGUGGGAGAUGGAAACAGGGAAGAUUAUAGUCGAGAAAGUGGCUCCUUCUCAAACUGAUGUUGUUUGGAUUUACGCCAUCACUUAUGGUGGAGGAAUUGUCUCUGGAGAUUCUAUAGCAUGUGAUAUUACGGUGGGAGAUGGUUGCACCACUGUUUUGACCACUCAAGCUUCUACUAAGGUGUAUAAAGCUGUGGGAACAAAGAUCUCUGAACAAGUUUUGGAGGCAAGAAUAGGAAGCAAUGCCUUUUUGGCUGUAAUUCCAGAUCCGGUGACCUGUUUCUCCACUGCAAAAUAUUCCCAGAAGCAAGUGUUCAAAGUUAUGUCAGACUCAAGUUUGCUUCUUGUUGAUUGGAUAACUAGUGGCCGUCAUGAAAGAGGAGAAAAAUGGGAUUUUGAUCUUUAUAGGAGCAUGAAUAACAUCUUUCAUAAUGGUGAUGAGCCUUUAUUCCUUGAUACAUCAUUGCUAGAACAAGGAACAUGUUCAGAUAUAGCUGAGCGUAUGCAAGACUAUCAAGUGAUCGCAAUGGUGAUAUUACUGGGGCCAAAGUUGAAGCACGUUCAAAACCAAAUCCAGGAAGAUGUAAAGAAAAUAAUGUCUCAGAGUUUACACAUGCCUACAAUUGGUUCAAGACAAUCCACUAGUAGACAUAAUGAUCAUCACUUGACCAAACCAAGUUUUCUUGCUUCCUGCAGCAUAUUUGGUCCAAAGGGAAUUGGAGUUGUUACUCGAAUAGCUGCCAUGACAACUGAAUCAGUGUACAAUUUUCUGCAACAUCAGUUGUCCAGUAUGGAGCCACUACUUGGUGUCAAGCCAUAUUCUUACGCAAGUUAAUAAACAUUUUCUUGUUCACUUUGAUUGACAUGUAUGCGGGGAUGGAUCCCUAGCUUUUACAGUGAGGAGGAAAGUUCUCACUGUAACUGUCUCUGGCUAGGUAUGCACGAAUGGAUCAGUAGCUUUUGAACAUGGGACAACAUUUAGGUGCUUACCGUUCAUCGAGAUGGAGAAUAACCGUGCCAGAUCAAGAAUCUUAAAAUGUUGUCAUAUCCAACAGGUUGUAGCAUUCAAGCUGAACUGAAAAGUCCUAUUUGGAGCAGCAUGUAUCCUAUCUUGAGGAAUCCUCUUUUGUUGGGCUUAUGGGUGUUUUUUUGGUGGCUUAAAAACACUUUUUUAUUUUACUCAAACACUACCAAAAUGCUUUAUAGCCAAUUCAAA